ACUGCGCACGAGUUGCGCUCUGGUCGUGGCGCCGACUCGUUCCCGUUAGUGGGUGGAUCGCUCGCGGUGGGCAGACACCCCAGGGGUCCCGGUCGCUGUGGCUGCCGAGGCGAACGCUCGGCUACGCCUCUGUGAGGCGUUCCCCGGGGCCCCCCUCCUUGCUCAUGGAGGUCGGCUGCGCCUCCUCCUCCCGAGGGCUCCACGCCGGAUUCCCGCGGGGCGAGGUGCCGCGCCCGGAGCUGGGCGCCCUCGCCCUGGCCGCGCUGCUGGGAGGAGCCCUGGGAUUCGGGGCUGCGCUGCUCGGGCUCCGCCUGCGGCCCCGCGCCCCCGAGGUCCGGGCAGGAGAGGGGGCCCGGAGUCAGGGCCCGCGUCCCAGGGAUGAGAGGCCGCAAUUAACCCCGCACGUGACCCACACCCAGGAUGCUGUGGCUGCCUUUGCACUGAAGGCACAGGUCGUGUACCCCAUCAACCAGAGGUAUCAGCCACUGAUCAAUGCCAACUGUGGCCCUUUAACCCGCGACAUGGGGCAAGGGGUGGGGAGCAGGCGACCCAAGGCCCGGGCUGCAGAUGUGGGAGGGUGCACGGAGUGGUCCAGUGAGCAAGAGGAGAAAGAGCUGGAGGCUCUACCUGGUUCUGUCGCAUGGGGAAGACAUGGUGAUGCUGAGAGGGAGCUCCAGAGUGCCACAAGAAGUAGAGACGCGAAGAGAGAGUUGGAGAUUGAGCCAGACACGGAGGAUGUUGGGGUGGCCAGGAGAGGGGCAGCUGUGGGGGCAGCAAGGAGGAGACAGGGCCUGCCUGGGUGUUUGGCUGAGGUCCUUGUCUUGGAAAGUGAGGAGCGGCUGCAUGCUGCAUUGUCUUCCUUGGUCCAGCGGUCCUGCAGGAGUCUGCAGGCCAACCUUCACCGACAGCGGUGUGUGCUGCUGGAGAUGAUGCUGAAGGAGCUGUGUGGUAGCAAUGGAGAACAGAGGAUGAAUGGACCACACAAUGAGGAGUUGGGCACGCCGGAUCAACAAGAAGGCUGGCUGGGAAAUGGGGACAUGGAUGAUGGGUUCCCGGAGGAACUUGGAGAAUCCCUGAGCCACAGUGCCUCCAGCUCAUCCUGGAUCAAUUGCAAAACCCAGCUUACGGUGUGCAGAUACCUCUCCUCUGUGGAUGCGUACCUGCUGCAGCUGCAGGAUGAAGUGAGGUCAGCGGAGAGAGAGGCAGAGUGGCAUCCGGGGACUCCGGGACAAGGGCUUCUCGACAGGAUGGACUGGGCCCCAGGGGCCCUAAUCCAGGGACUGCUGCUGGGCGAGUGCGAGCUGGCAAAGGAGGCAGCCAAGCGAGCAUCUAUGCUGGACGAGCGCAUGCUGGCCUGGGAGCGUGCCGUGCGUGCCCGCGUUUCCACGCUGGAGUCGAGGCAGCGUGUACUGGAGGCUGCGAGGAGGAGUGCAAUAUUGGUCUUGCAAGCGCCGAACCUGAAGGAGGAGCACGGAUGCCGCAGGGCCGAGGAGGCCGUGCGCGCGUUCCAGUGUGGACUCCUCGGCCUGCAGGACGAGUUUGACCACCGCUGGGAGGUGGAAAGCACUGCGCUCUUGAUUCGGCUAGCGGAGUAUAGACAGAAGCGCCUGGGAGCUCGGCCAGGUUUGGGGAGAACACGCGACAGGAUUGUGAAGAGGCCGUCCCAUGCUUUCUGGGCUCCUCUCCACAGAAGCUCCAUCCCAGCACUGGUGCAGCAGUGGAAGGAGGAGAUGAGUGAAGAGGUAACAGCGUGUGGCAGCACAGAUAAGGAGGUUGAUGUUGAGGAGGUGUUCGCCAUUUCCCAGCUGCAUGAGUCCCUGCAGGGCACGCUGCUUCGAGCCCUGGACAUGCAGAUGGAGGAGAUGCUGGGCCCGAGUGGCCUUGGCACUGACGGGGCUCGGGUCUUGCUGUGCCGCUUGCGGGAGGAGCUGCGAGAGACGCACAUUGGCACGGAGCAAUGGCGCCGAGCCCAGGAGGAGCACGAGGCGCUCCUGGCAGCCAGGAAGGAGCGCGAGGAGCGCGCCUGUCUGGUGAUGCUGGGGCAACAGCGGCUGCAGGAACGUGAGACAAGGAUCCUGAGCGGAAUUUUGCGGGAGGUCCCUGGCCUGGCUCCAGGGGCCGUGCACCGUGCACAGUUUCAAAGUGAGCUGUGGGUGUCGCUUUGGAGCGGUGCCAUGUGGGUCCCCCCGCCGCUUCGCCAGGACCCCAGACUCUGCUCUGGGCUCUGGCCUUCUAUCGUGGGCUCCGAACCGGGGGGCCUGCAAGGACCCCGCAUCGACGCGAUGCAAAUAAAAUGGCGGCGGGACGUGGUUCUGUGCGGGCACACGGUGGAGGUGGCUCGGGCCGCUCGCGAGGAUCUGAGGCAGAGAACCCGGACCCUGCUGGAGCAGCUGCUAGCGCGAGGGGACAUCACUGCGGGACCCCUACUUGUUAACUAAUAAAGCCCAGAUAAUAUACAUUUUCAGUGAUGCCGAGGUGCAGUCUUGCUCAGUGGUGCUCUGGGUUCUGUUUUUUUUACUCAUUGUGCAUAUUAAAAUGCGUCGAUUUUGCUUGAAUUCACCUUCGCAAGUGAUCAGAGUUUAUUUUACCAGGUAAGAACUUGAGCCGUAAUGGGCUCACCUGAUCUGGGUGGCCAUACAAGUAAAAUAUGACACAAACAAGAUGCAUCAAGUUUGAUGCUGUGGCAUUGACUGCCAGGAGACGAGCCUUGAUGGGCAUAAGACGCAUGCUGUGUUACCCGAGUCCAAUAGGACAGUGUCGUGGGAUAUAGCCUGUUUGUGGAACCAGUGGGAGGUUCUGGUUGUCGCAUGUUGUGCAUGUCUCGUGGUGCAGUAGAGCUUGCUGACUGAUUUCGUUUACAAAGAAAGGCUGUUCCGUUUGCAGUGUUCAAUCUGCAGGAGCGACGGGGGCGUCACUCACGAGUAGCGCUGCACGUGAUCUACGCGUGACGGCACACAUCCCUGGGAACCAUCAAUCACGGCACCUACCAGGACAAGGAACCACAGCUAUAAAAGACUUUAUUGAGGUGCAGUAGUGUGGGGCAGGGAGGGCACGAGUGCUAUGGGCCACAGCCUGCAAAGGGGGGGGGGGGGGGGGGUAGGGCAAAGGGGCAGGGUCUAGGCCCGAGGGCUCGCCGGUAGCGCAGGGCGCGCAACGCUUUCACGCGGCGCCCCGCGGCAGCACCUGGGCUGGAUGGCCGCCCCUCAGGUGACAUCGCCAGCUGAGAAGUCAAGAGUGGCGAUGAGCGUUGCAGGCACGUGGGAGGACAGUUGCGAGAUGGAGUAACGUUUGUUCAGACUGCAUGCACUGGCAUGUAGCCACAUGCUCUUAACAAAAAAUAUUUAUUGUACUUAAACGCAACAUCUCCUGCAGCCCUGCGCUACAUCUAAGUGGCCAGAGGAAUGAGCAGCUUUUGUAAACGAGGGCUGAUCCGUGCUGCCCGACCCUAUUGGACUGAAAGGGACAGGAUCCCCACAGCGAAUUUACGUACGCAGCCUUCUUGAGUCUUAUCAAUUGCCUACCACUGCGACAGCCUCUCCGUAGUGCGCAAAAUACUCCAUGUUCCAAAGAACCGCAGCCUGCAGUCAGUGUCGCUGUGCACGUAGUGGUGGAGUAGAUGGGACCUGUCCCCAGCCCCCUUACCCACACUGCCCACUUUGCUCCCGGUCUCAGACCCUGCCCCCGAUGCGUCCCGACCCCGGGACCACUUAUUUCAGGAACUAAACAGCAAAUUCAAUUCACGAGCAGGCGGCGUAGCGAACCCUACCAAAGAGAGCGUUGGGGACAUUGGAGGUGGGGGGAGGGGUAUACUGAUGGAGAGCGAGCACCAAAAUUGCCAUGUAACGCACAUUCACCAAAUUCACAUACACAACAACAUGCACCACGCCACGUACAGGCUACCCUAGCCUUAAUCUGCAACUCGUUACACGAACAUUACCACACUGGCCGCUUACUUGCGCAUGGCAAUACAACAGAUGUGAGGGUAAAAAUCAUAAUACUAUAGUGAGGACAUCAUCACAGUCACCUACGGCUAUGGCGCUCUGGCCGCUGGCACCAGCGCCGCUGUCCUUGGGCCAGAGCAGAUCUUGGUAUCACUUGAGGUGGCAAAACAAUCGAUGUACAGAUUCAUCAUAUGGCCAAUAAAAGUACGUACGUUUAUCACAUUUCCAAUAGUUGCCCUAAAUGUAUUUAAUAAACCUUGAAAAUGUAAUUUUGCCUUCUCGUGGUACUGACGAGCGAGAGAUCUGGUCUGGAGCCGCGGACAAGUGGCAGUGAAUUUCCGUGAGAC